AGGUUGCGGCUUUUGCAAUUCCAUUGUACGUCUAUAUAAAGACUUAAAACGUAUAUACAAUGCUUGCAUCCACUUGUUUUCCCUAUCCCUUUCCAGAGAUGUCUUCGUCCAUUGUUGAUCUUGGAGUGGCUAGAGUUGAAACGACUGUCACUAGAGAAACCAGCGAAAUCAACCGUCUUGUCAAGACAUUCUUGUCUAACAACCUUAACAUGAAGAAAAUCAUUGGUCUUGACACAGAACGAGCAAUGAAGCCAGGAAAGCUAACUAAAACCGUCUUGCUCCAGCUUUGUGAUGGAGACCACUGCUUAAUAGUUCAGCUUCACCCCUAUGAUUAUGUUGAACUUCCUCUCUCACUCUUCAAUUUUUUCAACCUCCCUGAUUUCACUUUCGUGGGGAUUGGCAUAAAAAAGUCCCUGAUGAUGCUGGAGAGUGAGUUUGGUUUGACAUGCAAGAAUGCUGUUGACAUCGGACCUGCCUCGUGGUACCUGACCAAGAAGGCCGCUCAUUUGAGCUGUAAGAUGGAUGAUAUUCUUCCGACUCAAUUACCAACAAGCCCUGUCUUUGAAGACUGGUGCACACAUGCUCUCAGCAAGGACCAGAUCAAGCUUGCCGUCUCGAAUGCUUACUUGGCUUUUCGCAUUGGAAUCUUUCUGUUGGCUGGUUUUAAAGUUUACUGA